UUGAAUAUUCUGCGUUCGAAAAUAUUGAUGUUCAAUUAUAUUAUCUGGCAUUUAUUUUUUGUUAGUCAUUUAUGCAGGAGUCAGUCAAUAUUAAAUUUAUUUCAUUUCGAUUUUUGUGAACAUUCUCAACAGACGUUCCAGAUAUGGACCCAAUCGCAAUUUUGCAAAAUAGAAUCGAACAACUAGAAGCAAAGUUAGGUUUAGCAAAUGUUCCUCUUGAUGGCCAACAAGGGGACUCUGCUACAUCUAAUCUGUUGAACACGUCUCAAGCGAUCAACAAUGCUACUUUGGGACAUGAGAAAUUGUCGGAGUCUAUGCAGAUGGCUUCAGAGCUGAACAAUUACACUGAUCCUAAUUUGGUAGAAAACAUCCAACAAAACAACAUGCAUAUGCAGGAAGUGGCUGCAGCUGAACCAGUCUUGAGGCAUCAUUGUCAGUGCAUGCAUCGUUGUAAACAGGCUGAACCUGUAUUGGACUCUGAAGCCAUCCAACAGGUGCCACAAAUGCAAGAAACUGUAAACAACAUGCACGCAGCUGCUGCAGAAGUGAAAGCAGAAGCUGAUGCGGUUUCUCUUGGAGUGCAACAAUUGGCUGAGACAUGUGGUUCUGCCGCAUCGGAAGCUGUUGAACAGAUCGCAGGUGUUGCUCAGAAAGUAGCGCAAGUUGAGGAUAAGGUGUUCCCCAAAAGAAGAAAUGGACUUGAUUAAAAUAACAAUUUAUUCAAACAUUUGGUGCUUAUGCUUAGUUUUGUAUUUUGUUAAUCCUGCUAACUUAUUUGAUAUUUUUAUGAAAUUACACAGUAUUUAAUAUA